ACCCACAUAUCAGCUCUGCCAGUGGAGAUACUGACCUAUAUAUUUAAGUGGGUCGUGUCAAGCAACCUGGAUACUGAUUCGUUGGAGAGUCUAGCUUUGGUCUGUAAAAGUUUCUAUUCACUCGCUCGUGCUGAAGAUAUAUGGAAGUUAAUAUGCAUGAGAACCUGGGAGAAGAAUAUUGCCCUGUCUUCAUAUUCUUCAUUCAGGCAAAUGUUCAUGAAACGACCUAGAGUCAAAUUUAAUGGUUGUUAUAUCAACAAGACCACCUACUUCAGAAGUGGUGAGAAAAGUUUUGAUGGUCUGUACAAGCCAAUGCACGUUGUUCAUUCCUUCAGAUACCUUCGUUUCUAUCCUGAAGGCACUGUAUACAUGCUGACGAGUCCCAAACUACCGCUGAAUGUGUUGCCAGACUUGAAGACGAGGAACACAUACGUUCAGGGUCUCUUGCAAGGCCACUACAAACUCAACAACGAUAAAGUAGGUUAUUCUGCAUCUUAUGGUUACCAUAAAUUAAAUUUUUCUGUCAUGAACAAACUUUUUUUGAAUCUCUUCAAAUUUGGCUGUGAUGGAAGGAUUUAUGAAUAA